AUGACCGUGGAAUUGAAGAAAUGCGAAGACAUCCUGAGAUGGGUUAAUGCCGAGGAGAAAACACUUAGACAUAGAAGAAGGGUCAAGGUGUUCAGAGGAGUGGAUGCAGUUGCUCUUUUGACCAAGGAGGGCUUAGACUCGUUGCAGGCCAGAACUGCCAUGCAGGAGCUCCUGAAUGAGAGCAUCCUGUUUAAAGUACAUAUCAAUAAGAGAAACACCAAGGAAUGCGAUGUGGUGCUUGACCAGAAGUUCCAGGAGGACCAACACUAUGUCUUUGCAAGCGAGAGGACGUCCAACAUCUCUCUUGUUCUGUGUGGGGUGUUUGUUCUGGUGACCUUCACAAUAGUCCUCUUCAGAAUGUGGCCAAGAAACAUCCAGCAGCGCCUGUUCUCGUACAUGAUCUAUCCUCUUGGCGGAUUCAUCACAUUCAUAAUCGUUCUGGCAAUAGUAAGGCUGAUACUGUUCUCGAUAACAUACUUACUUUAUCCGUCUGGAAUUUGGCUGUUCCCCAAUCUCUUUGAGGAUGUCGGCUUCUUCGAGAGCUUUGUUCCCCUGUGGGAGUACCAUGGAACUAAGAAAGAGAAGAAUGCAAAAUAA